GAGCAUCUGAAAAACUGAGCUGUGAUCAUUCUGAGAGAGAGAGAGAGAGAGUGAGCAGAAGCAUUGAGUACCAGCUCAGGUAAACUGUUGUACUUCAGAUUGUGGCUGUAAGUUGAAUUUACCUUUUUGAGACUGAACUACUUUGGACAUUAUCUUUUGCUUAUUUUUGAUGGACUUGAAUAAUUAUUUUGGACUUUCGAAUUCGCUAUUUUCUUUAUUGAAUUUUUCUUUUUAUUGGCCAACUUUAUUUACAAGCCACAAUUUCACAUUGUUGUCACUUUUUUGGAUUUUGGGUGCACUUCAAAUAAUAAACACCCUGCACUUAAGUGCUGCUGUGGCGGAGCCAGUCUGUUUUUUCUAAGGAACCCAACCUGAGCCGUGGUACUUUGUGACAUAUGGUGGCAGCGGUGGGAUUGGCCAGCCACAGGAAGUGCAUCACCAAAUUUCAAGAUGGCCGACGUGAAAGGUGAGAAGCAAGAAGAAGAAUGGCAGGAGGCAUCGGAGGUGCAUGAAGAGGAGCCAGAGCCGGUGGUACGCUCGAAGAUGACUUCGAGUACUCCGACAGAACAGAAACCCAAAGCCCGGUUCCAACCAGAGGUGACGGCAGCAGCAUCACUGGAGGAAGCAGAACGGACAUCAGAGAAGGAGGCAGAGCGUACAAUGGGAGAUGUAGCAGGCCUGCUGAGGGAGUUCCUGACGGUGCAGCAGCGUCGCGAGGAGACCAUCCUGGCAGAGAUUCGUGGCCUGGCUACACACCUUGGAGAAAGACAAGCCGGAGGACAGCAUGCAGCGUCGAGGACCGCAGCUACACCGGAGAGUGCCGUAGAGUCGGAGAGUCCACGGAUGGGCCUCCCCACACCAACCCCCCAUCGUCGUCGAAGCACCAGAGAGGAGCCAGCAGACUCGUUUGAUGAGCCGUGGGCGGUUCCUGCUCCAGCGCAAGACCAGCAUGCUGCAGUUCAAGAUCGACCUGCUGCAGCUCCAGCUCAACAAGCGCAGCCAGAGAGGGUUGUGCGCAAGGAGCCCAAGAUGCCGGUGUACCAACAGGGUGAAGACAUAGAAGAUUACCUGCUUCGUUUCGAGCGCAUGGCCAGAACGUGGGCGUGGCCAGAGAGAGACUGGGCGUGCCGCCUAGUGCCACUGCUGACGGGGAAGGCGCUUGCUGCCUACACAGCGAUGGAUGAGGAGAAGUCCAACACCUACAAGCAUCUACGAGAGGCGAUCCUGGAGAAGUUCGACGUGACGGCUGAGACCUACCGACAGCGCUUCAGGACGCCGAUGACACCGCCAGGAGAGACCCCGACGGAGACGUACAACCGCCUGAAGAACCUGUAUCGGCGUUGGAUAAAGCCAGAGGAGCAUUCCAAGGAGGACAUCGCGGAGACGAUCGUCAUGGAGCAGCUGAUCAACGUUCUGCCGUACGACGUCCGGACCUGGGUGAAAGAGCACGAGCCGAAGGAUGCUAAGACCACUGCAAAACUUGCCAUGCAGUACCUCAACGCUCAUCGGCGUGGCAGUCAGCGACCUCAAGCAUCACCACACUUUCAGAGUAAUCAGCGACCCCAAGCACCACUGCACCUCCAAGGCACUCAUCGAUCUCAAGCACCCCAGCGAUCUCAAGCAACCCAAGAUGUCAAAGACACACGGGACGGUAGAGGUACCAUGGGUGGGGCUGUGAGAUGGGAUGGUUCGCAGAGUAGAGGGCGAGAGAUUGUCUUUUAUAACUGUCAGCAGCAAGGUCAUAAAGCUGUUGUGUGUCCGAUAAGAAAGCCAAAGCUUAACGGGUUUUGCUAUGUACCGAGGGAGGGAGACAGUCUUUGUGGGGAUGAUGAUGACGAUGGUAAUGACAAUGCUGAUGAAAUGAAAUCUGAAAUUCUGUUGAAUGGACAAGCUGUGAAUGCACUGGUUGAUACUGGUAGCUCCGUGACUCUCGUGAACAGAUCCCUGCUACCAUCUGAUAACCUGAACUAUGAAAAGAAAAUGUUUGUGCAAUGUGUACAUGGUGAUGAGAAGGAAUACCCGACUACUGAAGUGACUGUAACUGCAAAGGGUCAAAUGUUUCUGAUUAAUGCUGGGGUGGUGAGAGAUUUGCCAACUGAUAUUGUCUUGGGGAGGGACUUACCAGUGUUGACAGAACUUCUGGAUACACCUAAAAGUGAAUCCGCAGGAGUGCAUCUGUCUUGUGCGGUGUUCACCAGAUCCCAAACGAAGGGCGGGCUUGAGCCCCUACCAGACUUGUGUAGUAGUCUAUGCAAGGGUGGGUCCAAAGGCCCCAGGAAGACGCGCCAACAGCGGCGCAUAGCGAAGCAUUUGGGUACCCCGGUGGCUAAACCGGAAACUACUGCUCUUAAAGCUGAUGGGUUGUGGGAGGUGCCAGAGAACAUGGGAGAAUUGCAAGCUGGGGAUGUAUCGUUGAAACCCUUGUUUGACAGAGUGAAUGGGAAGGGAGGUGAUCAAGUAGGGGUGGAUGGGGAAAGAGUAAUGUUGGAGAAUGGGCUGUUAUACAUUGAAGGGGAUAAUGUUAAGCGCCUAGUUGUACCGACCACAUGCCGACCCCUAGUCCUUCACCUCGCACACACACUACCCUGGGCAGGUCAUUUGAAACUCCAGAAAACGUACCUGAGAUUAAGCUCGCGAUUCUUUUGGCCCUCCAUGUAUACCGAUGUGCGUACAUAUUGUGCUAACUGUCCAGUGUGCCAGAAAACAGGUGCUGUGCGGAGAGCGGACAGAGUACCUCUGCACCCAUUACCCGUGAUCUCCACCCCCUUCGAACGCAUCGCCAUGGACAUCGUCGGACCACUGGAGAAGAGCAGCUCUGGGUACCGAUUCAUCCUGGUGAUCUGCGAUUACGCGACCCGCUAUCCGGAGGUCUUCCCGCUGCGGUCCAUCACCACACCGAAGGUCAUCAGUGCCCUGGUCCAGCUUUUCUCUCGGGUUGGAUUCCCAAGGGAAAUUCUCACCGACCAAGGGACGAACUUCACAUCACGACUGAUGCACCAACUCCACCAGCAGCUGGGAAUCAAAGCCCUCCGGACCAGCCCAUACCAUCCGCAGACGGACGGACUCGUGGAGAGAUUCAACCACACCCUCAAGAGCAUGUUGAGGAAAUUCGUCUCAGACACCGGCAAGGACUGGGACAAAUGGCUCCCCUUCCUCCUGUUUGCAUACAGGGAGGUGCCUCAAGCCUCGACGGGAUUUUCCCCAUUCGAGUUGGUGUACGGCUGGCAGGUUCAAGGUCCAUUGGACCUGCUGAAGAAGACGUGGGAGAGGCCAACAGAAGCUUCAUCCGAGGUGGGCAUCGUGCAGUACGUGCUGCGAAUGAGAGACCGCCUGGACCAGUACCGAGAGGAGGCUGAAGAGAACUUGCGGAAGGCGCAGAAGGCACAAAAGCUCUGGUAUGACCAGUAUGCUAGGCACCGUGAGUACCAGCCAGGUCAGAAGGUCCUCUUACUACUACCCACCAGCACCAGCAAGCUUCUCGCGAAAUGGCAAGGCCCAUACGUCAUCACCAAGAAGAUGGGUCCAGUCACAUACCAGGUACACCACCCUGACAAGGGCAAGACCACCCAGGUGUACCAUGUGAACAUGUUGAAAGAGUGGAAGGAGAUGAAGACUGAAGAAUCAAAUGUGAAGUUGGAGCAUCCAGAGAUGAAGAUGAAGGAAGUAAAGACUGAGAUGGCGGACACAAAGAUGGAGACAGCAGAGGUGAAGAGAAAAGGUGCCAAGGUGAUGAUGGUGCGGAAAGUGGAUGCAGAUGCAGAUGAAGAAGAUGAGGAUGACAUGCAGACCUGGAGGCCACGGAAAGAGGCUACAGUCACCCUUGACCACUUGAAGGCGGACAUGAAGGCAGAUCUUCUGGGGGUCUUCAACCACUUCCCAUCACUGUUCCAGCCUAGACCAGGGCUCACUGGAGUGCUGGAGCACAAGAUCCACUUGAAAGACCCCACUCCAAUCCGGCAGAGGCCUUACAGGGUGCCAGAGACCCUGGUGUCUGGACUGAGAGAAGAGGUCCAGACCAUGCGGGAGUUGGGCGUAAUUGAGGAUUCGAUGAGCGAGUGGAGCAGUCCAAUUGUGGUGGUGCCCAAGAAGGACGGAUCUCUUCGGAUAUGCAUGGACUUCAGGAAACUCAACGCAGUCUCGCAGUUCGAUGCCUAUCCGAUGCCCAGGAUCGACGACUUGCUUGAGAAGAUUGGUCGUGCCAGGUAUAUCACCACGCUCGACCUCUGCAAAGGUUACUGGCAAGUGCCGCUGGAGGAGAAGUCCAGGGAGUAUACAGCCUUCAGAACGCCUAGUGGGCUCUUCCAAUUCACCGUCAUGCCGUUUGGUUUGCACGGUGCGCCAGCCACAUUCCAACGGCUAAUGGACAGAGUCCUCCAGGGGUGUGACGAUUGCUGUGCUGCUUACCUGGACGACGUUGUGAUCUUCAGCGAGACCUGGACAGAACACUGCCAGCAUCUGCAGAGAGUUCUCCAACGGAUCCAAGAGGCAGGACUUACCUUGAACGUCCAGAAGUGCGAGUGGGCCAGGGAUGAGACCAAGUACCUGGGAUACCUCGUUGGCCAUGGAGAGGUCCGACCGCAAGUCGACAAGGUAGAAGCCAUCAUGAACAGUUCUCGACCUCGGACCAGAAAGCAGGUCAGGUCGUUCCUUGGACUUGUUGGAUGGUACCGCCGUUUUAUUCCCCAUUUCUCCACCAUCGCCGCACCUCUAACUGAUCUCACCAGCAAAGCCGCCAGGAAUCCAGUUCAGUGGACUGAAGAAUGUGAGAAGGCCUUCACUGCCUUGAAGACAUGCCUGUGUUCCUCUCCAGUACUACAAAGUGCAGACUUCACACAGCGGUUUCUGGUGCAAGUUGAUGCCUCGUCAGUAGGGAUUGGAGCUGUCCUGGUGCAAGGGAAGCCAGGUGAAGAAAGGCCAGUGCUCUAUCUGAGCCGGAAGCUACUGCCCAGAGAGCAACGUUAUUCUACAAUUGAGAAGGAGUGCCUUGCAAUUAAGUGGGCUCUGGAGAGUCUACGCUAUUACUUGUUGGGCCGAGAGUUUGAUCUGGAUACAGACCAUCGAGCUCUAACCUGGAUCCAGACCAUGAAGGACCACAACGCGAGAGUGACCAGAUGGUAUCUCGCACUUCAACCUUACAGAUUCAAGAUCCGACACAAAUCCGGAAAGCAGAACAUACCGGCGGAUUACCUGUCCCGAUUGCAGAUGCUCUGCAAUCUAGGAGAAGGGGAAGGUAAUGUGACAGAGUGCUCUAGCUCCUCCUUUGAACUCCAGCAGCAUUUGUUUGGGGAAGGUUUGUAUGGUGUGCGCGCCGCCAUGACAGGCAAACUCGAGCAGUGGGGCUGA